GCUUUUCACUAUGGUGUUUCAGGCAUUCAUAAAAGCGUGGGAAGAUGCGUGCGCACAUAGUGGAAGAAAUCAAAUUUACAUACCAAGAAAAAAGUUCUAUAUGAGUGCUGUCAUGUUCAAGGGACCAUGCAAAGGUAAAACUAUGUUCUUCAACAAUGGAUUAUUACUGGCUCCUCUACAUCCCAAGCAUAUCAAACAAGACGCUUGGAUAAAUUUCCAAUACGUCGACAAUCUCGUAGUCACCGGCCACGGAACUAUCGACGGCCAAGGAAGUCGUUCUUGGUCCUCCACUAACUUCGACAUGAAUCGUAGACUACCAGCGAACAUGGCAUUCGAUUUCGUGAGAAAAUCAAGAAUCAAUGGACUAAUAUCACUCAACAGCAAAUCGGAACACUUGAACUUCUUCUGCGUAGAUCAUUUCAACAUCUCUCACGUCAACGUAACGGCUCCUAGAAACAGCCCCAACACUGACGGAAUCAAGAUUGGUAUGUCCAGCAACGUUAAGAUUCGGGACAGUCACAUUGGUUCCGGAGACGAUUGUAUCGCAAUCCUCUCGGGAAACACUAACUUCGAUAUCCAUAACAUCACUUGUGGUCCUGGACAUGGGAUCAGUGUCGGAAGCUUGGGAAAGCACAAAGAAGAAAAGAAUGUGGAGGAUAUUACGGUUAGGGACACGGUUUUCAACGGGACAAGCGACGGUAUAAGGUUCAAGACAUGGGAAUGUUCGGUUGCUGAGAUCACAGUUUCGGGAUUCUUGUACGAGAAUAUCAAGAUGGUUGAUGUCCGACAUCCUAUCAACAUUGAUCAGAAGUAUUGUCCUUACCCACCCUGCCCGAAAUUAGUAAGCUUCUAACGCAAGAAACAGUCUUAUCUUUCUUACUUUUUUCAAUUUUUUUAAUCAGAUUAGAUCAUGACAGGGGGAUUCUCAUGUUCAGAUAAGAAACGUGACGUUCAAGAAUAUUUGGGGAACGUCGAGGAACAAAGUGGCUGUAAAUCUG